UCAGGACCAAGGAAAGAAAACAGGAGAGCUCAAGAGCCCGCUUCCACAGAUAGACCCUAUUCCAACGCUUCCUAGUCCUUUGCUUAGUUGAGAAAAUUGAGCGAAACUCAAUUCUCAGUGACAAAAUUUGUCCUCUGAUCAAUAAAAAACAUCAACUGCUCCAACAACUUCUGUUUUGUUGUUUCCUUUCCUUUCCUCUACGGUAAGAAUCCACUCCAUAUUCUUCUUCAACAAAUCAAACACCCACAUUGCAUUUCUCUCUGUUUUUCUAUUCUUUCUGGUGCUUAGGUUGGGUUUUGGGUUCUUUCUCUUGGUGGGUUUGAUCACAUUGGAUUUGAAUUCAUCUGGGUUUUUUUGGUUUUCUCGUUUCCACCUCUUUUUGAGCUGAUUCUGUGUAUUUCUUUGUUUUUUGGUGCUUAAAUCAUAGUCAAUGUAGCGACAGGGAGAGAAAAUAGUGGUAUGAGCAUAAUGAGAUCUGUUUUUAUGGGUUAGUUCACUAUCUUCAAUCUAUUCUUUUGCAUUAGACCCCAAUCUAGAGUUUCUUUUCUCUCCUGGGUGUUGAGGUGUUGAAAGUUUCUGCAUUAUACUAGAAUCUGUUGGUCACCAAUGUCUGUUGUUGUGGUUGUGGUAUCAAAUGAUCUGUGGGCUCUAUUCUGAUCAGCGUUGGAUUCUUUCAGCUAAAUAUCACAGAUUUUCUUAUUCUCUGAUGUGUUUUAUUGAUCAUUUAGUUUAAUUCUCUUUGGUUUUCAUGAUUUUCAAUUUGCUGGGCAUUAAUAAUCAUGAUUCAUAGAACAUGUUGUUGAUACUUCGGGAUUGGAAUUACAAUGGCUGAAAGGCAUGCCUCAUCUCUCGCGGUUAAUACGCGGAAAUCUUUGUUCUGUUUAUUUAUACUUACAUCAACACUCUUCAUAUUAUCUUGGUUCUUUGUGUUGCGUUCAACGGGCAGUCCUCACUUUAUUGACCAUAAAUUAUUACCCAAUUCCAAGCUUCUUGCUAUGAUUGAUAAUGGUAUUUCUGGAAGUGAGAGUCAAACUGAUGUUGAACCCUCAGUUGGGAAUCGAUCAAUCCUUGUGCAUAACGAAGAAGAAGAAAAACCAACAAUUUCGUCCCAAGACAAAGAAGCAUCCCAAGCUAACAAUGGUGUGAAAUGUAACACCAAUGGAAAAGUAGCUCUCAAGGUAUUCAUGUAUGAUUUACCCCCUGAAUUUCAUUUUGGACUUUUAGAUUGGAAACCCCAAGGAGGUAGUGUUUGGCCAGAUCUUCAGACUAAAGUACCUGCUUAUCCUGGUGGGUUGAAUUUGCAACACAGUAUAGAAUAUUGGCUGACAUUGGACAUCCUUGCUUCAGAACUUCCCAAUCCCCCAAAUGUACGUACUGCAAUAAGAGUGCGGAAUGCUAGUGAAGCUGACAUUAUUUUUAUACCAUUCUUUUCUUCCUUAAGCUAUAACCGGUUCUCCAAGAUAAAUCCACACCAAAAGAAGAGCAAUAACAAGUUGCUGCAAGAUAAAUUGGUUAAGUACGUGACAGCUCAACAGGAAUGGAAGAUAUCAGGGGGAAGAGACCACUUAAUUGUGGCUCACCAUCCAAAUAGCCUUCUAGACGGAAGGAUGAAGCUUUGGCCUGCAACAUUCAUACUUUCGGACUUUGGAAGGUAUCCUCCAAACAUAGCAAAUGUAGAGAAAGACAUCAUUGCCCCCUACAAGCAUGUAAUCAAAUCCUAUGUGAAUGACUCGUCUACUUUUGAUAGUCGUCCAACUUUGCUAUACUUCCAAGGUGCAAUAUAUCGAAAAGAUGGUGGCUUUGUUCGGCAAGAGUUAUUCUAUCUUCUACAAGAUGAAAAAGAUGUACAUUUUACAUUUGGGAGUGUUCAAAAAGAUGGAAUCAAGAAGGCUUCACAGGGAAUGCACACCUCAAAAUUCUGCCUCAACAUAGCUGGUGACACCCCGUCAUCAAAUCGUCUUUUUGAUGCUAUUGCUAGCCACUGUGUCCCUGUCAUCAUCAGUGAUGAUAUUGAACUCCCAUACGAGGAUGUGCUUGACUACUCUGAGUUCUGCAUCUUCGUUCGAACAAGGGAUGCUCUUAAAAAGAACUUUCUCGUAAACCUCACCAGGAGCAUUGGGAUGGAUGAGUGGACACAAAUGUGGAGGAGGUUGCAGGAGGUUCAAAAAUUCUAUGAGUUUCAGUACCCAUCAAAGGAGGGUGAUGCUGUCCAGAUGAUAUGGCAAGCAGUUGCUCGCAAGGUUCCUGCUUUAAGAAUGAAGUUAAACAAGUCUAGACGAUUCUCUCGUUCAUAUGUCCGCAAGGAGAAGGGGUUAAGCAGGAUACCAUCACCAAGUAACUUUUGGUAAGGAAGGGAAUUAACACUCUUUGUGGCCCUGCAGCUUUUCUGACUCUUAACCACCACACAGGACUGAAAUUAUCAAUUACAGUUUUGAUAAGAUACUAGAAACGGCAAUGUGAAAUUAACUUUCAUCCAAUAUCAGAUAAAACUAGCUUUACUAUACCUUUGAAAUCCAUUUGUUCUACUCAGGAUGUAAUUUAGUUGGUUAUUUCAUUUAUACAGAAAAUGUUGCAAGUUGAAAUCUCUCUUCAAA